AUGCUUAAAGGUUUUAUCUUUCUUGCCCUGGUGCAGGUCGCACUUGCGGGUAACCGCCUUGUCAUCGACAAAAGAAGCUGCGUGGGCGAGGUGUAUAACCAAGUGAAGUUCUAUGCGGAUGCUGCCGUAAAGCGGGCAGAGUUGGUCGCGGGUGUAUUGCGACCGUACAUCGAAGAUGCCAACAACAAGCCCGACGACCGCAUCCUGAAGCAGGCCAAGCGACUGUUUGGAAACGACGACGUAGCCACAGCGGGCACACUAUUCGCACACUACGAUGCCAUACGUAAAUACGUCUGGGUCGACGUAGAUAACUGGUCAACGGAAUGGAAAAAGGACAGGGACCAGUUUGACUUGCAAAUCCACUGCGACGCAAGGCAUAUCGUUCCUUGGACAGGAGUCACGGAGCCCAACGUCCAUUGGGAGGACUCAGUCCAGGACACACCGGUAGAAGAUGGCGCUGCCAUAUUGGACUUCAAGGACGCGGAUACUACGACGCAAGGAGUCACAUCGCCGGGCAAGGGCAAGCCGGGUGAGCCCUGGCAGCCAGGCUCACCUGAGGUUAUCACAUUCCGACAAAACUAUUUUGACACUGCCAUAGAGCAAAAGGCUAUAUUCGACCUCGACCACGUCAAAAAGGCUGCGCAUACGGAAGCGCUCGCGCGGGUCAAGAUGAUCCUCUUGCUACGAUUUCGCAAGCCGGCUCAAGUUGACCUACUGGAUACGCCAGACUUCGUUCUCCUUCAUGAGCUCACGCACACAGUUGUCGGCGGCGACACUUCUGACACGGACGGGGACAACAGUUACGGCUGGCUGAACUGCGUCAGGUUGAAGGACAUAGGAAACGCUGAGAGUCUCGCGUUUUUUGCGUUGGCAGUUGAUUUGAUCCAAAACUACGGAUACGACGUGGAUGACAAGGGCAAACUGAAGAAAUUCUAA